GUGGAAUUGUCGGUGGGUAGGUUCAUUGGUUGGUGGCCGUCCCGUUGGUCGCCGUUGGCGUUGUGUGUGUGUUUCUGAAUGACUGCGAAGUCGAUCACGGGCCUGCGGUGGCGUGCUGUAUGAAUCCGGCCCGAAGUUCCUAAUUCGUAGAGUGUAGGGGUCAGCCAGAAUUAAGGAUGGCGCCUUAUGGCGACGAUGUUCAGCGUUACGGGAAUCGCAUCUCAUCCUCGAGGAAACACCACCGGAGGGACAAAAGCGAAAUCAGCUGUUGUCUGAAGUACCUAAUUUUCGGUUUCAAUGUGAUUUUUUGGUUAUUGGGAUUGUCGAUUAUGAUCAUUGGAGUUUGGGCUUGGACCGAAAAAGAUAUUUUCAAUAACCUCUCGAAGCUGACCAACAUAGCGCUCGAUCCAGCCUUUGUUUUGAUUGUCAUAGGGGGUAUCACAUUCAUCAUCGGCUUCACCGGUUGCGUGGGGGCUUUGCGAGAAAACACUUGCCUACUCGCCGCGUACGCAAUAUUCCUCGCGAUUUUACUUCUUCUGGAAAUGACUGCCGGGAUCCUUGGCUUCAUUUUCAAGGACUGGAUCAAAUCGCAAGCAACGAAUGGCUUCCAAGCAUUCAUCGUGUUUUAUCGGGAUGAUCCAGAUCGCCAGAAUCUAAUCGAUUGGAUCCAGGAACAGUGGCUAGGUUGCUGCGGAAUCGAAGGUCCGAAAGAUUGGGACAUGAACAUUUAUUUCAACUGCUCCUCCGUGGAAGUUGGCAGCAGAGAGGCGUGCGGAGUUCCUUUCUCUUGUUGCAAACGGCAACCUAAUGAACUCAUCAAGAACAAGCAGUGUGGAUACGAUGUCAGAAAGCCUGAUUACCAACGCGACAAAAGUCAGGUGAUAUAUGAGAAAGGAUGUCUGCGUGCGGGAGAAGAGUGGAUUGAAGCCAACUUAGUACCUGUGGCUGGAGUUGCCGUAGGUCUCGCAGUUCUGCAGGACAAGCACGUCAGAUCUAGACUCAUCUACGAGAGGGGCUGCCUUCAUUUAUUGGAGGAAUGGGUCGAACUGAACCUUGUUUCCCUUUCGGGGGUUACGCUCAUCAUUGCGUUCAUUCAGAUUCUCGGAAUUUGUUUCGCACAGAAUCUACGUGCGGAUAUAUUCGCACAGAAAGCCAAAUGGCACUGACAUGCGGCCGACCCGAGCGGGGUUCCCCUGAUUCAGACGUCCAUCCAACAACAGCAACAACCCCUGCUGCCAACGCAGGCGAGGUUCCAAAACGGACGCGUUCCUCAAGUUCAAUUGCCCACCAGGCGAUGAACUCUGUCGCGUAGUCCGUUGCGCUGAGUGUGGCCACUGCUCGUCACACUUGGAGGACAAAUCUGAUUGGGGAGGGGUCUAUGAGUCGUCAACCUACACAGGUACGAUGACUCGGAUCUCUUCAUCCCGCUCGUGGUCCAUGGUACACAGAGCCUUCCCACCACGGAACAAUUUUACACCGAGUGCGAUCUGUAAAUCUGUAACAAGUGUAAAAACAUCGUAAGCAAUGAACCCUUCACGGAGAGACGCGUACACCAAUCGUGUGUGACAUCAUCAUCAAUAUAGUGAACCUCAUCAUUGCCACAAUGAUCAUAACAGAUAGAAGUUCCGAGUCGAGUAGAGAUGUCGUCGGGCGCGACUCCAAAAAUAUCUAUCCUCUGUUCGAACACUUCGCAAUGUAUAUAUAUCACCAUCGAGUGAGAUUUCGGCCUCUCACAAUAUGUCGUAGUAAUUAAUUACUUGAGCAUCGUGCGGAAUGGAGUGCGUUUUUUAAGAGAUGAAAAACUAGCGCAGAAGAACUGUAAGGUGCACUUGCCAAAACCUUGAUCUUCCGAGACUGGGGGAGAGGAUAAUGGGCUCUAUCGAUUUGUGAAGACACGGUGUGUCAGCAGCUUGGUUCCCAGAAAUUCGCUCUUAGCGGCGACAAACUUUGGUUGCUCCAAGCUGAGCAGAUCCGCGGUGUCUUUUAUUUGUGUUUCAUCUGGAGUUGAGGAUACUUUCGCGGAAACUUCGUUCUUGUCAAUCCCCUCCCCCCCCCAAAAAUACAGAAGUCGAAAUAAACAUUAUCUGAUUUCAAUCACAUCCG